AUGAUUCAUGGACCAUGUGGUAGAGCUUUCUCAAAAUCUCCCUGCAUGAAAGAUGGGUACUGCACUAAAUAUUAUCCCAAAAUAUUCAGUAGAACCAUAGUUAUCGAAGAUAGUGGAUACCCAUCAUAUAGAAGGCGAGGCACAGGAGUGACUACUGAGAAGAAGGGAGUCCAUAUGGAUAAUAAUAAUGUGGUUCCGUACAAUGCAUAUCUGCUGAUGUCUUAUCAAGCGCAUGUUAAUGUAAAGUACUGCAACAAGUCAAAUGCUAUCAAAUAUUUGUUCAAGUACGUGAAUAAAAGGUCUAAACAGGGUAGUAAUUGGAGUUACAAAGGAACUUUCAAUGGAGAGGAUGCUCAGGUUAUUGAUGAGAUCAAACAAUUUUAUGAUUGCAGAUAUUUGUCUGCAUGUGAGGCUGUGUGGAGAAGUUUAGCUUAUGAUAUUUAUCAAAGGUGGCCUUCAGUGAUGAGAUUAACCUUUUAUUUUCCUGGAGAACAAAAUAUCAUCUUUAAAGACGAUGACGAUCUUGAGGAAAUCGUGGAAGUAGAGGAAGGAAAAUGUACGAUGUUCUUAGCGUGGAUGGAGGCCAAUAAAAAAAUUGAAUCAAGUCAAUUUUUUAUAUAUGCUGAGUUUUCAAAUCAAUUUGUUUAUGAUAGAGAAGUAAGGGAAUGGAAUCCACGCAAAAGAGGGAAUUCUAUCGGGAGGUUAAACUAUGUUUCACCGGGUACAUGUGAUAUUUAUUAUAUGAGAAUUUUGUUAGCUGUUCAGAGAGGUUGCACAACAUAUGAGUCUAUUAGGACAUUUAAUGGAAUUACAUAUUCUAGCUUCCAAGAUGCUUGCUAUUCCAUGGGACUACUGUGUGAUGAUAGGGAAUUCAUUACAGUUAUUAAUGAGGUAGCUGAACUUACAUCUGGUAAUUAA